AUGCGUCCAAUGGAUCAGCAUGACAAUUCUCAAAAUAGUACAACAAAUGCUGUCAGACGUGACAACAGUAACCAUUCCAGUCCAAUUCCAACGUCAUCAUCACCACCAUUAACAUCAACAAACAUCCGUGUGAAUAGUAUUUUACGAGUAACGACGAUGUUCGACAACAUCCGCACUGGAAAAGUAGUAGCAUACGAUCCUUCAUCGAAUUUAGUUACACUGCAUAUCAAAGGAUCAAAACCUGGUUCCACAUCUGUGGCAGUGGUUAAUCUUAAUCAUUGUCGAGAAUAUGUCGUUGAACAAGAACCAAAGGAUGAAACACUUGAUCCCCUGUAUCCAGUUGAUAUCAACAAAUUGAAAAAGCGUCAAACAGAAAAUGAAAGUGAAAAGAAGAAAGAAGCAUCAUUCGUUAAUGUGAAAGCAUCUCGAAUUGGUCAAGCACUUUUCCGCGAUAUCAAAAAGACUAUGAAUCAAGUCAUUCGUUGGUCAAAUAAUGAUAUUCUCAUCAAUAAUACAGUUCGGAUUAGUGAACCAUAUCGUUCCGAGAAUGUCUCUAUCGAUCCUCCACCUCAAUCAAGUAAUGCUGCCGGAUCGAAAAAUUCCGCCAAAGGUGACAAUGAUACAAAAACUCAUAUCAUUAAAAUGGUGGACAAAUUCUGGUCUGAUCAAUCGAAAGCUGUUUUCACGUCAUCUCGAACGAAGUCUGAAACAGCCAAUGAGACAACGGAUUCGAUAUCUUCGCCGAAUUGA